UUCCCUGGGUUCUCCGCGCCACUCCGUCCGGUCCCGCCUAUUCUCCACUCCCCUGAAGCUUUAGGCUUGCCUCGGCCCCUGGGAAGACCAGGAAGUUGAUGAAUUCCGAGGCCGGCUGCUGAGACGGUGGCGCGGGUGGGACAGUCGCCAGGGAUGGCGGAGCGGGAAGAUGGAGCGCGUGUCCGGGCUGCUCUCCUGGACGCUGAGCAGAGUCCUGUGGCUCUCGGGCCUCUCUGAGCGGGGAGCUGCCCGGCAGCCCCGGAUCAUGGAAGAGAAAGCGCUAGAGGUUUAUGAUUUGAUUAGAACUAUCCGGGACCCAGAAAAGCCCAAUACUUUAGAAGAACUGGAAGUGGUAACAGAAAGUUGUGUGGAGGUUCAAGAGAUAAAUGAAGAAGACUAUCUGGUUAUUAUAAGGUUUACGCCGACAGUACCUCAUUGCUCUUUGGCGACUCUUAUUGGACUGUGCUUAAGAGUAAAACUUCAGCGGUGUUUACCAUUUAAACAUAAGUUGGAAAUAUACAUUUCUGAAGGAACCCACUCAACAGAAGAAGACAUCAAUAAGCAGAUAAAUGACAAAGAACGAGUGGCAGCGGCAAUGGAAAACCCCAGCUUAAGGGAAAUUGUGGAGCAGUGUGUCCUUGAACCUGACUGAUGGCUGUUUUAAGAACCACGGAACUGUAAUUGCUUGAUAUCUUUGUUUAAACUCUUUGUAUAAUGUCAAAGACUCCUGUUUAAUAAAUAGGUGGUUUGUACCUCAAAGCAUUUUUUAAAAGGCUUAUUUCCAAGCAAGAUUUAAUGAUAAGGCAGUACCUAAUUUGUUCAAUGUAUAACAUUCUCAGGAUUUGUAACAUUUAAAUGGUCAGAGAGAAUAAUAUUUUCUAGUUAUGUGUGAGAUGGGUUGCUAUUUUUCUGAUGCCUAUUCUGAUGCAACUACUUUUCAUGUCAAAUAUCUACUGUGCCCAGAUAUAUUCAAUUUAAAUCAUUACUCUGUAAAAUAAAGACAACAGAUGAUUCUUACAGUGA